GGAUCAGAACUAGUCAUGUCCUAUGAUGAACAUGUUUUAACUCACAACUUCAAAUUUGGUGUUAUAUACCAGAAGAAAGGCCAGACAAGUGAAGAGGAGGUAUUUGGAAACAAAAAACACAGUCCUGCAAUGGAUGUAUUUUUAGAAACGAUUGGAGACAAAGUACAGCUCAAAGAUUUUAAAGGAUUCCGAGGGGGCCUCGAUACAACUCACUGUCAGACAGGUGCUGAGUCGGUGUACACAAAGUUUAACGGGAAGGAGAUCAUGUUUCAUGUCUCAACUCUGUUACCAUACACUGAAGGGGACGCUCAACAG